ACUACAUUACCCAUAAUACAGAACAUGCGCCAAAGAUCCUUGGGAGUCAUGGCGUUAGCUGGAAGGCUGUUAAAUGGGUUUAGGUUGAGGCACUGUACUAGUAGAAGUAUCGGUUUAGUAUUUAGUAGCGUACAAAGGCGAGGAAUUGCAUCGUGCAUAGACCCUUCAAUAGGACUCUCAGAUGAACAGAAGGAGUUCCAGAAAGUGGCCUUUGACUUUGCUGCCAAAGAAAUGGCACCACACAUGGCUGAAUGGGAUGAGAAAGAAGUGUUCCCAGUAGAGACCAUGCGGAAAGCAGCACAGCUUGGGUUUGGGGGGAUCUACGUGCAGCCGGACGUGGGAGGGUCGGGCCUUUCCCGCCUUGAUACGUCCAUCAUCUUCGAGGCGCUAUCCACGGGCUGCACCAGUACCACGGCCUACAUGAGCAUCCACAACAUGUGUGCCUGGAUGAUAGACACGUUCGGCAGCCCUGAGCAGAGGAAGACGUACUGUCCUGAUCUCUGUUCCAUGCAGAAAUUUGCCUCCUACUGCCUUACUGAGCCUGGAAGUGGCAGCGAUGCGGCCUCCUUGCUGACCAGCGCUCAGCGCAAAGCCGACCACUAUGUCCUCAAUGGUUCCAAGGCCUUCAUCAGCGGUGCGGGCGAGUCAGACGUGUAUGUGGUCAUGUGCCGCACUGGGGGAAAGGGACCCAAGGGCAUUUCCUGUCUGGUGGUGGAGAAGUCUACACCUGGAUUGAGCUUUGGAAAGAAGGAGAAGAAGGUAGGCUGGAACUCCCAGCCAACACGUGCCGUCAUAUUCGAGGACUGCACUGUGCCAGCAGCCAAUCGACUUGGUCAGGAGGGCGAGGGAUUCAACAUUGCCAUGAAGGGCCUCAACGGAGGCAGGAUUAACAUCGCCUCCUGCUCCCUGGGUGCCGCCCAUGCCUCCGUCCAGCUGGCCAGGGAACACCUGACUGUGCGGAAGCAGUUUGGGGAGACGCUGUCUAAGAGCCAGUUCCUGCAGUUCCGCCUGGCUGAGAUGGCGACCCGGCUGGUGGCGUCGCGACUGAUGGUGAGACAGGCGGCUGCCUCACUGCAGGAGGGCCGGGAUGAUGCUGUGGCCCUCUGCUCCAUGGCUAAGCUCUUUGCUACGGAUGAGUGCUUCACGAUCUGCAACCAAGCUCUCCAGAUGUUUGGGGGCUAUGGUUACCUCAAAGACUUCCCUGUCCAGCAGUACGUGCGAGACCUCAGGGUGCACCAGAUUCUGGAAGGUACAAAUGAAGUGAUGCGUAUGAUCAUCUCCAGGAGCCUGCUGACGGACUCGUAAGCUGUGCUACCUAAACAAGACUCCGUCUCUGACAUCACUGUGUGGGAGGAACGUCUAGUUUUCACAGUUGUCAUAUAGUGAUAAAUAUAGAAAUGUCCCUUCAGUGUUUUGCGGUGAAUAAUGUCAAGAAUCUUGCACAAGCUGAGCUACAGUCUUCCCUGGUCCUACGGCUGUGACGCUGGGUUUGGGAUUGGAGCCGCUUCAACCGAAAAUGUUACCUCUGCAUUUCUCAAUAAAAUCAUCGAAAUUUU